AGGUUCUCAGCGCGGCUGUGCAUCAAGGGAAAGUGAAGUUUCGCUUCCACAUCACGGAACAGUGACAAGCAAUCUUCAAGAUGUCUUCUGGAAACGCUAAGAUCGGUCAGCCUGCUCCUCAGUUCAAGGCCACAGCUGUGAUAGACGGACAGUUUAAAGACAUUCAGCUGUCCGACUACAGAGGGAAGUAUGUCGUGUUGUUCUUCUAUCCACUCGAUUUCACCUUCGUGUGUCCUACCGAGAUCAUCGCGUUCAGCGACCGGGCCGCUGAGUUUAGUAAAAUCGGCUGCGAGGUCUUCGCUGCCUCCACCGACUCUCAUUUCAGCCAUCUGGCAUGGAUCAACAGGUUAUGUGCUGCUGCUGUCGGGGUUAUGUAG